UUAUGAGUGGGCAGUAUCACAUCACAAUCCAAUACAAAGCAAGGAUCUUGGGUUGUGACAAUUUGAACAUUACCUCACACUCCAACAGUGGUGGAAUAUACUGCAUUCAAUUUUCACCUUCAUUCCAUGCAACUCUUGAGAAACCCAAAACCAUGUGUUUCCCUGUUCCACCAUCUUCUCAGACUCAAAAUCACACCCAGUUGCUCUUGCCCUUCCAAUCAUUUCUCAACUGUUUCCACCACAGACCCAACAACCACCGGACCGACAACACCAACUACAUCGACAUCUGUUCUGAUCGAUGCUGGAUCUUCUAACCGUAAACCCGUUGAUCUGUGGCCGGGGAUGUUCCAUUCCCCUGCCAUAUACGCUCUCUGGGAAGCCAGAUCCUCCACUUUGGAAAAAUCCGAUGGCCCCUCUCUUCCCAAAGCCCCCUCCCGAAGCAGAACCACCAUCUUCUACAACUUCUCCUCUGAUCAUAUGCUUCGCGAGCAGUAUCGGAACCCCUGGAACCACAUCAGGAUGGGCAAGCUCGUCGAGGACUUUGAUGCUCUCGCUGGCACCGUUGCAUUCAAGCACUGUUCUAAUGAAGAUGGCACAGCAAGGCCCCUUCUAUUGGUCACUGCUUCUGUUGAUAAGAUGGUUCUAACGAAGCCAAUACAUAUUGAUGCUGAUUUAACCAUUGUAGGUGCUGUUACCUGGGUUGGCCGGUCAUCCAUGGAGAUUCAACUGGAACUGAUUCAGUCCGCACAAGGGAAUCCCAAUAUAUCAAACUCACCUGCACUUGUAGCCAAGUUUACAUUUGUGGCUCGUGACUCUGCCACUGGAAAAGCUGCCCCAAUUAACCAGGUCUCACCUGAAAAUGAGGAAGAAAGAUUGCUCUGGGAAGAAGCAGAAGAAAGGAACAAGUUAAGAAAAAGAAAGAAUCAAGAACAGAAACAUGGAGAUUGUGAAGACACUUCUCGGCUUAAAGCACUAUUGGCUGAAGCGCGUAUCUUCUGUGACAUGCCAGCAUUGGCUAACAGAGAUAGCAUCCUGAUGACGGAUACUGGCCUACAAAACUCUUUUAUCUGCCAGCCACAGCAAAGAAACAUCCAUGGUCGUAUCUUUGGGGGAUUCUUGAUGAGAAGAGCCUUUGAACUUGCCUUUUCAACUGCUUAUGCCUUCGCUGGUGCGGCUCCUCAUUUCCUGGAAGUUGAUCAUGUUGAUUUUUUUAAACCAGUGGACGUUGGAAAUUUUCUUCGUCUCAAAUCUUGUGUCCUGUACACGGAACAUGACAACUCAGAUGAACCCCUUGUGAAUGUUGAGGUUGUUGCACAUGUGACAAAGCCUGAGCACCGCUCUAGUGAGGUAUCUAACAGAUUCUACUUCACAUUUGGUGUUGAUCCUGAGGGUAUUAAAAAUGGGUUAAGGAUUCGACAUGUUGUUCCUGCUACAGAAGAAGAAGCACGGAAGGUGCUUGAACGCGUUGAUGCUGAGAACUUAACUUUGGUUAAAAAAGAUGGCAAUCUUCAAGUGGUAAAGGAGCACAAGAGUACACCUAACACAAAUGUCUGACGGAGUAUCUGUAGAACUUUCUAGAUUACCUGAUUAUGCCUAAAUUCGUAGUUGUGGAUUGACCUAAAGGUCGAAAAUCAAUCACAAGCUAUAUUCGUUCUGGAAUUUUGAAGGUUUUUUUAUUUAUUCAAGUUUUGGGCCAAUUAUGACAUC